AUGGUCUUUGACGCAAUACCAGACGCUUUCCCGAUAGCAUAUACUACCAGUACUCAGUUCUACAACUGGUAUUUCGAUCCGGCAGACUUGGCUUCUCAUCGUCAGAAUUGUAACAGUACAGCUCGAAAACAACUGGCUGAGCGGCUGGCUCAUGUGGAUGUGGGAGCUGAGAAACCUGUCGAUGACCCCGAUGAGCUUGCUGUGGGUCUUGACGCGGAUGAAGAGUUACUGAUCGUGAAACGGUACAUUUUUCUCAUGAGAGCUCUGUUCGAGAAGUUUGUGCACCCAUCUCUACCUGAAGAGGUCUUUGGAUUUGCAGUGACCUACUUCAAACGUUUCUACCUAAAUCACUCAGUGAUGGACUUCUACCCACGCGAGAUGAUGCUUACCUGUUUAUACGUGGCCUGCAAAGCUGCCGACUUCCCCGUCGGAUUGCAAGCGUUCAUCGCCCACAUACCACGAAACCAGGAGCGCUAUAGCCACUUUAUCAUUAAUUCAGAGUUAUUUCUGCUGGAAUCUCUGAAUUACGACCUUUGGGUAUUCACACCCUACCGGCCGUUGAUGGGUUUGAUCAUAGACUUGGUCGCAUAUCAGAAACAUAUUCGUAACUCCGAUCUCAAAACGUACUUCGGUUUGAGUGAUACAGAGUUAGUUACCGAAUUGCGACGCGAAGGAACAGAACUGAUCAACCUAUGGUACCAAACAGAUUUGUGUUUGACAGUCCACCCGAGUCAAUUCGCUCUCGCUGUCCUCGUUGAGCUGGGUCGUACUCGUCCCUGUCUGCAAGUGGAGGUCUUCAUUCGGGACGAAGUGUGCGGCUGUGACCCGGUCCAGAAGUUCAAGUACUCCUCUCCAAUGAGUCAGGAGAGUGAAUCCGAUGAUGGGGCCAACCCUCCUGCUCCCAAGACCUCAGUGAAAUCAUCCUCGUCACCUACCAUGGAGGAUAGAUGGAAACAGGUGUCCAGUCGUUUAGACUAUAUCCGCGACAUCGUAGGCCAUUUCGAUUUUGUCGUAAGCUUAGAGCCAUUGGGUGAUGAAGAGAUGAAGCUGGAACAAUGUCGUAAUCCGCUGUAUAAUUUGGACUCUGAGGAGUACGCCGGAGCCAAGUCUCGUGCCGAAAGUCUGUUGGCCGUGCUAGAAUAGUUUAGAUGCUUGACGGACCCGUGUACACCCACUUCUAUGUAUACACACUCACAGCUUGUUAAAUGACCUCAUCAUUCUGUUUCCUUUUUAUUGGCAGCAGUUUAUCGACCUGUCAGUUAA